UCGCUGGUGCGCGCUCUCUGUCCGGAGGAUCGGGCGUGUGACCUCGGGUUUCCCAGCGCGGUGAGCUCGGAACUUGCAGGGCUGCGAGCAUCCCUAGGUUUGGACCGCUGUAAACGUUACAGUGAGGCGCUUUGGGGAGAGCUAAAUUGAAGGAAAAGCAAAGGCCUCUAAAAAGUCAUUUGAAAACAUCUGUAAAUAUUUGUAACUGUGUAUAAAAACCUAAAGAAAAAUUGACCAGAAUGAAACUACUUGAAUAAUUGACACAGCUGUAUGUGUGUGUCAUCGAUUCUAUCUAGAAGCUGAGGAAUCUUCCUUUGAAUUUAAGGAUUGUAUACAUUGAAUGAGAGGAUGACCUUUCAAUUUAAUUUUACGAUAGAAGACGGUCUGGAAAAUGAAUUAACACCCCUUGGAGGUGGAGUUUUGACCCUGAAUUCCUCAAAAGAGUCUUCAGUCUCAGAACAUCAAAAAGGUAAACACGGGGACAAAAACUGUACUCCAGAACAUUCUGACUUGCCUCAGGAUCCCUUGUGGGAACACAAGUCAGCGGGAAAUGCAGCUCCCUCUCAACACACAGAUAACUCACUCGAUACAGCUAACAGUUCAAGUAACUCGGAGCCUCACGAAAAACAGCCUUGCCUGAGAGUUGCCAAAGAGCAUGCGAUGCCUAAAGAUUUAAAGAAAGUGUUAGAAAAUAAAGUCAUAGAAACAUUACCAGGUCUCCAGCAUAACAUAUCAGUAGUGAAAACCAUAUUGUUGAAAGAGAACUUCCCUGGAGAAAACAUAGUUGCAAGAAGCUUUUCUUCUCACUCUGAUCUGAUUCCCGGUGUUUAUGAAGGAGGCUUAAAAAUCUGGGAAUGUACCUUUGAUCUCCUGGCGUAUUUCACAAAGGCCAAACUGAAAUUUGCUGGGAAAAAAGUUUUGGAUCUUGGCUGUGGAUCAGGGUUGCUCGGUAUACUUGCACUCAAGGGAGGGGCCAAAGAAAUUCAUUUUCAAGAUUAUAACAGUAUGGUGAUUGAUGAAGUAACCUUACCUAAUGUAGUAGCCAACUCCACGUUGGAAGAUGAAGAAAAUGAUGGAAGCGAACCAGAUGUGAAAAGAUACAGGAGAUCAAAAGUAGCACAAGAAAUCUAUAAAUGCCGGUUCUUUUCUGGAGAGUGGUCUGAGUUUUGUAAGGUUAUACUAAGCAAUGAAAAACGGUUCGAAAAAUAUGAUCUCAUUCUUACCUCAGAAACUAUUUACAACACAGAUUAUUAUGGUACUUUGCACCAAACAUUCCUUAGAUUGUUAGAUAAAAAUGGGCGGGUGCUUUUGGCCAGCAAAGCACAUUAUUUUGGUGUAGGUGGAGGUAUUCAUCUCUUUCAGAAGUUUAUAGAAGAGAAGAAUGUAUUUGAGACUAGAACAAUUGAAAUAAUUGAUGAAGGACUAAAACGAUUCCUAAUUGAAUUGACUUUCAAGUGCCCUGGUUGAUGUCUACUGAGUGUCCUACGUGAAAUAAACAGAA